UAUGAGGUAUGUUUAGAUGUGUUUGUAUGCAGACCAUAAAUAGUCAACAGUUUGCAUUAAAGAUAUGCAGGCGGAUUCUUUUGUCUGAUGACAUUCACUGGGAUGGGUUCACAAUGAACAUACAUAAAUAGGAACGUGAUCGUCUUCUCACAGCAUCUGUGUGACACAAUGGCGGUGUGGACCAGAGCUGUGUUGUGGAUGGCCAGUCUCAGUCUUGCAGCAGGUGUGGGACAGAAUCUCGCUCAGGGCAAACCAGCGUGGAUGAGUACCACAAGAGAUGCUACAAGGGUUGCUAGUAAUGCUGUAGAUGGAGUGACUACUGCAACAAAUUGGGAUUACACAGCCCACACCGGCGACAAAUCUGAAACAACAGCCUGGUGGAAGGUGGAUCUGCAGAUACAAGUACAGUCAGCCGUGGUUAACAUCUACUUCAGAACUGACUAUAAGUACCGACGUACUGGCCUUCAACUCUACACCUCUGGGACAAAUUCAUCUGACCCCAAAGAAGGAGAUCUAUGUCACUCAGUUAGUGGACGUCCUGACGGUACAGACAUCUCUGAUGUCCUGAAUGUCACCUGUCUCUCUACCUGGCGCUACCUGACUGCCUACACAGAGACUGUUAAUGAUGGUGGAAGUGCUGUGUUAGACUUCGUUGAAGUACAGGUGUGGUCGUGUGCGUCUGGUCGUUAUGGACCGACUGCCGUAACUGUAGCAUGGAGUGCAACUCGUCACUGUCACAACACAGGGGACUCCUGUAAUCCUGGCACAGGGGCGUGUUCAAAUGAAGGCUGCCAACCAGGAUGGGCAGGGACCAGACUGUACAGGUAUAUACAGGAUU